AUGACAUCGUCAUAUUUAGUUACAAUUCCCAAAGCUAAACUUAAUUUAAAAACGGUGAAAGAUUUUAUUACCGGUAUAUUUAUUGAUAAUUCUGGCUCAACAAGUUCUCAGUUGGUUUCAAUAGGAAAAAAUGUUUUAGAAACUGAAUUGAAUAUUUGUCAAGUUACUCAGUUUGAUUAUGUUGUUCUUUGGAAUACAUCAGCUAAAUUAUGUACAAAUAUUGAAACAUCAACACCGCAAGGUGGUACAAGUCCAAUGGCUAUAUUUCACAAUGAAUCAACGAAAGAAGCAUUUAAUAAAUCUGAUGUUAUUGUUUUUGUUACCGAUGGAGAAAUUGAUAAUAGUAGUGUUACACAGGUAAAAAAAGAGAAAAGAAAACUGAAUAAUUUGAAAUUUCUAUACAAGAAUGAAACCAUCGAGUUUUGAAAAUAAUUAUCUUUUUUUUUUCUUCAAUUAGUAUAAUCAAUCGAUAAUUUGACAAAAACUCGUUCGAUCGUACGAAAAGAUAUAUUGUUUAGUGUGAGAUUUCAUGUAUUACAAUGUUUUAUUCUAUCGCUUUCCUAGUAGACGAAUAUUUCUUUUUACCGAAACUAUAAAGACUAAGCGUGUUACUGGUCUUUUCUAGCUUUGUAGAAAUUGAAUCGCGACUAAAACACAGAUUAAAAUUAUGUUUGAAAAUUGCUGAUGCGUAUUUCGUUGAUAAUAAAAGAAAAGUCUUAAUCAUUCAUAUAAUAAAAAAAUAAUUCGAGUCUUUCGAUCAUCUUUUGACCAAAUGAGCAAGUGAUUGAACCAUUCAUUGCACGUCGAUUGAUAAAAAUGCUGAUGUGAGUGUGGAUUUUUGGACCCGGACCCGACCGCUUAAGUGUUUUAGAUCCAAACACAAUGAUAAAUCGGUUUAGAUAUUGGGUUGUCAAUAAAGUUUUUGUGUUUUUUUUAAUCCUCUAAAAUAUUCGCGAAGCUUUCAGAAGUUUCCAUACUUAGGGUAUAUAUAUAGGGGGCACGAAUAUCUUGCGAACAACAAAACUACGAGUAGAGAAGCUAGUUUCGAAUUAGAAAUGGAGAUUUCUCGUAGAGAGCUCCGAGUGGUUUUACUUCAUAAAUUCCGUUUUAGGCCGUGCAGCAACAGAAGCAGCAAGCGACAUAUGCAGCACGAUGGGCAACGAUGCACUCUUCAUUUGUACAGCACAACAUGGGCUCAACUUGCUUUUCAAAUUUGGGCCUUUAUAGGACCAUUAUAGAGUAUGGACAGGCUAAUGGAAACUUUUAUUAUCAGAAAUAUACUCUAAAGCCGCAUUGUUGACCCGAAUGCUUAUUAUAUCAGUUAAUAACUCAAUAAGCUCUAUAAAUUGGCAACACUAAAAUUUGAAAAGUGAGUGAUCAAACCUUUGCCUUCCCUCGUCAGGACGAGGGAAAUUGUCAAGUUCGAACUUCUCAUUCUUAAAUGGAUUGAGCCAAUGUUGCACUGUACAAAUGAAGAGUACAUCGUUGCCAAUCGUGCUGCAUAUGUUGCUGUACGGCCUAAAACGGAAUUUAUGAAGUAAAAGCACUCGGACCUCUCUACGAGAAAUCUCCAUUUCUAAUUCGAAACUAGCUUCUUUACUCGUAGUUUGAUUGUUGUUCGCAAGAUAUUCGUGCCCCCUAUAUAUAUACCCUAAGUAUGGAAACUUCUGAAAGCUUCGCGAAUAUUUUAGAGAAUUUAAAAAAAAAACGCAAAAACUUUGUUGACAACCCAAUAGUAUAGUCAAGAAAGGUUUUGUUGUUUUUUUAUCUAUUUUCUAAAUACAUUUGAUUUCUUUAUUUUCAUAAAACGAAGAAAACUUUAAAAAAAUUCAAAACACAUUGUAUGCAUCAAAGUUUCCUUCAGACCCGAACCGGAUCCAGGUCCUACCCGACGGGAUCUACUCCUCACCAACAUCUCACUAUUAAAGUCAAAGUUUCAAGUAUUUUGAUUUAUUUCUAUCCUGCAAUAAGAACAUGAAAUCUGUUGGUAUAUAUGAGUGAUUUAAAAGAC